CAUAAACAAAGCAGCAGUUGUGUGAGGACAGUAACGGGUGGAGCAAAUAUUUAAGCCUUAACAGCCUGGUUACGAGCAACAUUCUGCGCAGAUCAUUAUGGAUGAGCCUCGCUAUCCUCUGCACGUCCGAAUAAUCGGCAUAAUGUGCAAAGGCAACAGCAAGUUGUACAUGGCAUCUGUGCUGUGGUCGGAUCAGACCGACGUGACUGUAUACAGGUCUCUCCAAGACUUCAAGCAACUUCACAGGCAACUAAAGAAGAAAUUUCCAGUGCAAAGUGCAUUUCGCCAUCAGGACAGACUGCUGCCCAGAUUUGGAGGUUUAAUGAUGAAGCUGAACUUCCAAAUGAAGACCCCGGCUCGGUGUGUGUAUCGAGUGAAUGCUCUGGAGCGCUACUGCACUGAGCUGCUGCGCUCUGAACCAACAGUCUCUCAGUCCUCCGAACUCAUUCAUUUCUUUAUUCCCAAGGAAGAAGAGCUGCAUCCUGAGUUUGCACACAACAGCGUAAUGAUUUUUCAACUAGAAGAUGAUCAGCCAAAAGUCAAUCUGAGCAAUAAGCGCCUCAGUGUUGGGAAUGUGUCCCAGCCAUUUGUCACCAAACUGUAUCGGUGUUUAGCGCCAUAUGAAACCAAGGACAUCAAGAACAGACCAUUUAGCGUGACUGUGGACGAAAUUCUGGAAGUACUCAUUAAAGAUCAAGCUGGAUGGUGGCUGGUAGAGAAUGAAAAGAAGUGUUUAGCCUGGUUUCCAGCUCCCUACUUGGAGUUGUGUGAGGAUGAAGAAGAGGGAGAAGAUGAGCUUGGCAGUGCAGGUGGCCAAACAGCUCUCUACUGUGCUGUAAGGAACUACACCUCUACUAUGACGGAUGAGCUAUCGGUGAACAUCGGAGCUGUGGUGGAGGUUAUUCAGAAGUCUAACAAUGGCUGGUGGCUCGCUAGAUAUCAUGGAAAGGCAGGCUAUGUGCCCUCUAUAUACCUGCAGCCAUACUCCAACCCUAUGAUUAGCAUGCAGAAAAAGUUGCACAGCUCCAACUUAAAUCUGUCCACUCUAUCUACUGUGCUGUCUCACCCCACCCACAAGUCCCACUUCCACAAGUCCCACUCUAUGGAGGUGUUCUCUGAGCCUCUGGGCCUCGGCGCUCCAGACCAACACAAUGAAUACAACAGCCGCAAGAGCAGCUUCAGUGAUGACAAUGACGUCUGCUCUAGCUCCUCUGGUUCUCUGGGCCUGAGUCUGUAUGGCUCUGUGGGGGAAGAGAACCUGAGACUGUCAGAGAAAGAUGCAGACUCGGACAGUCCUGACAGUGGUUUGUGCAUGGACCUUCAAAGCCCUACCAAUUCAGAAACCAGCAGCCCUUUCAAACUGUACCCACAGGUGCCCCCUCGUCCACAAACCCAGGAGAUCCUCAACCGCUGUACCACCUACACCCGCAAAGCAGCCCUGGAAACCCAAGCUCGUCUGUUUUUAUAGAACUGAGAUUCAGGCCCAGUAAAAGACAAGUCAAAAUUAUUUAAAGAGAUGUUUUGCAAUCCUGGACUGCUCUCAUGCUAAUGCAUGAUGCUAUUAUGUCUGGUACAGUGACUAUGGAUGAAUACCUUCAUGUCUGAACCAAUUUUUAAAACUAUGAAUAUGAGCACUCAACCAAUUAUUAUGCAUAUAUUUUCCUUCCCUUAUCUGAUUACAUGCUACUCCAAUUAUCCUGUUGAACAGAACGGCAGCGUAAAUACUAACGUACGCAGUGAACAUUAUUGCAUCAUCCACUUACUUCCACUGGUAAAACUAGUUCUAUUCUAAAGAUAGGUUCAAUAAUAAUAUGUUUUCCUUUCUUUUUCACAGUCACUUGUCAUGUUUUAUAAUAGACCUGUCGAGGUGUCAGAGAAAGCAGGCCGGUAACUAUUAUAUAAAAUAUUUUAGAUUGUUUCCCCAUAAGCUGUACUAUGUUUUUCAACAUUGUCUGUCUGUAUUCCAGAUGUUAAUUCACAGUACAUUGGCUUCGAAUAAAAUUAUAAAACAUGAAACUA